AAAGAAAUAUCUUAGAACGAUCUAAACCGUCCACGUGUCCCCAAGUUUAUCUCUCUGUCUGAACCAAACCGCCUUCUUCUCACAACCCUUAAAGAAAAAGUCCGAUCUCAUUCAUUUCUCAUUCCAAAAUCCGCGAAGCAAAAGUAUUUCUUCGAAACCCUAAAAAACUCGAUGAUGCUCAAGCAAGCUGCGAAGAAGGCUCUAGGGCUUACGUCACGUCAAUCAACGCCGUGGUCUGUUGGUAUCUUCCGAUCCUACCAUGAGAACGUCAUCGACCACUACGAUAACCCCCGCAACGUCGGGUCUUUCGAUAAGAAUGAUCCCAACGUUGGUACGGGACUCGUAGGAGCUCCUGCUUGUGGCGAUGUGAUGAAGCUUCAAAUCAAGGUCGAUGAGAAGACCGGUCAAAUCGUUGAUGCUCGCUUUAAGACUUUUGGUUGUGGUUCCGCCAUCGCUUCUUCAUCCGUCGCCACUGAAUGGGUGAAAGGCAAAGCUAUGGAUGAUGUCCUGACCAUCAAGAACACUGAAAUCGCAAAGCAUCUUUCUCUCCCACCAGUCAAGCUCCAUUGCAGUAUGUUGGCGGAGGACGCUAUCAAGGCAGCUGUGAAAGACUACAAGGAGAAGCGUGUGAAGACAAAUGGUGCUGCAGCAGCAGGAGAAACCACACAGGCUUGAUUCCUUUUACUAGUGUGUAUACCAUAAUGUGUAUAUGAUGGUGAAAACAGGGGAGAAGUAGAAGAGGAUACAUACAACCUAUGGUAUGUUGUAAGGUUCCAAGACUAAGAAGUAUUUUGAAUAAACUCUGUUGACAAAAACAUGUAAGAAUGAUUUUGCUUUUGCCCUCUAGUUUUUGCUGUUUUAUGCACCACCCAUGUGUUGUAAUGGUUUCUCUCUUCCUUGGGAGGUUUAUAACUUUGAAAGACAAGUUUACAGUUUUCAGUUUUGGUGUUCACAUUAUAAUUUUCUUUACAGUGGAACA